UGCAAGGUCUGCCGUUGCAAAGUGUCAUUUAUUCCACGCUGAAAGAAGCCAACUCCCCACUCCAAAAACAAAUGGAACUUCAUCGCCCGCUAAAAUUCGCGGAUUGAAAUACGACAGGUGUCCACCACGGGGCGGCGUAAAAGGCGUUCCCAGGAAAUUAGGUCUCAAACAAAAAACAACCUGACAUUCCCAACCAGCUAGGUGGUUUGACAGGUUCACCGCUGAAGGGUUUCUUCACUCAGGGAACAGCACUCGAGCAGCAGCAUGGGCACAUUUAUUGGUCACAUCUCGCCCGGACUGGCGUUCGUUUCCUUCGGCAUUCUUUACGCCUUCAAGUUUUCUCUGCUGGUGCUUAGAGGCGAGAAGAUCCCGCUGGUAUCUCCCCCUCGGACGGCUGGACUCAGGGGCUGCGUGAAGCGGAUUCCUGUUGAAGGGGUGAUGAAGAUCGUGUACGGUACGUUAGCGGUUAUGGCAGAGUUCUUUUAUCCUCCCGGAGUCUAUAAGAUGAUUCUUUUCAACAAAGAGAAGCCAGACUACCCAUUCAUCCACCCCAACGAGUGGCAGCAUGUCACUAUGUACGCCUAUUUCGCUCUCAGUGGCUGGGUGGACGUCAUUAGCCAGGCUUGCCUGCCCAGACGCUUAUUCCUGUUUGAAAGCAUUGCCAUCGCAAUUGCCUUUUACAUAGAAGCUCUUCUCCUUUACAACCACAUGCACGGCAAACAACAGGUGGAAAAUUCGGUGCAUGCGUUGCUUCUCUUCGUCUGCUUCUUGGUUUGCCUCGUCCUCACUGUCGAACUGUGGAGACCCAAUGACCCCAUCCUGUGGUUCACCAAGACGUGCCUGGUGAUGAUCCAGGGAACUUGGCUCCUGCACGCCGCUUUCAUUCUUUACAAACCAUUCACAGGCAAACCCUGGAAGGCCGAUGAUAUAGCCAAUCUGAUGUUCGUCACUAAUUUCUUCUGCUGGCAUAUUGCACUGAACAUACUUCUUCUCCUGGCUUUCUUCUUGCUCACUGCGUGCUGGCUCAGCUGGCGCUCCCGCCCUGGAGGAAACGGGACCAAAGAAAUGUUCGUCUUUAACCUGACGCGGGCCGAUGGUGCAGUUCCCCGAGCAGAAUAUGAUAAACUGAGGGCAGCCGAGGAGGAAACGCACCUACUCCAAGAAUGUGACCCUUAA